AUGUCCGCGUCUCCCUCUCCCAAGCGAGAGUCUCCCCCCUCGAAACCUUUCUUCGAGGAGGAGAACGUCAAACUGUCACCCGGCUCCUCCCUCAAUAAUCUUUUGGCUAACCACCAAAAGCCGAACGUCUCGACCCUUGCUUCGUCUAAGCUCGUGAACCAGAACACUCUGAAGCAGAAGAAGGCCACUCAAGAGUCGUCCAUCAUCGCUGGCACGAAUCCCAUGGACUUGCUCCUUGCAAAGCUCUCGGAGCAGCAAGCUGCUAUCGACCAGCAGAACGAGGCUCUGAAGAAUUCUACCGAUGGAUUGUGCGCCCGUGGCUUUGAACCGGUAUCCUCUGCAAGUACUUCCGUCCCAAUCACUCCAGCUACGGAUUCCUUUCCUACGACCGCACCCACGACUCGCCCCGCCAGCGCCGCCCUUAAGGAGAAUCGCGGCAACACGGAGGAGCUCCUCCGACUUAAGAUAGAACUUGCCCGGGCACAAAGCAAGAUCACUCGUCUCGAUCACGAGCUUGCCCAGACACGCUCCAUCAAGCAGGAGGACGAUAACGUGCAGCUGCCUCUCUCGGCACGCCCCGUUAUGCCCGGAGCUGAAAAUGCCUGGGGUCUUAAUGAUGACCAUAGUUCGGAUGCUGAUACCCCUUCUAUUGGAGGCUACAGUCGCUCCAAGCUUGCCUGGACCAACUCUAGAGCUCCGUUGUCCAACGGCGGUGCGGCUGUUCCAGUCUUCGGAUCUCAGGCAAUUGGGUCUCAGGCAAUGACUGGAGACUGGUACGGAGGUAGCCGUGGCGGGUUCAAUCAGGGUUACAUGGAACCUAACGGCCCUUAUCAUAUGGGAGACAGCUUCCGUGGAGAUCGCAUGAGCCAGGACACUGAGAUGUUCUCUCGUCCCACCAGCAACCGCCGCAACAAUCGCUACGACAACAGCCGUUGGCCGUCUCCCCAGCCGUAUGGUGGUUCCAACUUUGGACCAAAUUACGGCGGCUUCGGCCCCCCCUCUGCUCCCUUUGAGCCCUUGAUUGGGGGUCCUGGUAUUCCUGGAGGCAACAUGGUUUCUGGCAUGUACCAGGAAUACAACCAGCAGCCCGCUGGAAGCCAACUUUCACCUCAUGCAACUGAAUUCACAGCUGGUUCUGGCUGGAAGAGUGAGGCCAUUGCUACUGAGGGCCAGACGUACCUCCCAACCACUGAACCCCUCAACUACCGUCGCUUGCUUGACCUCUGCAACAACGACCAGCAGGCCUCCAUUUUUUUGCAGCAGAAGUUGAAGGUGGGCACUCCGGACCAGAAGUAUGAGAUUGUGGAGGCCAUUGUUGCCCAAGCAUAUCCCCUCAUGGUCAACCGCUUCGGAAAUUUCCUGGUUCAACGUUGCUUUGAGCACGGAACCCCUGAGCAGGUGGUUAAGAUUGCAGAGGCUAUCCGUGGCAAUACUCUCAAUCUUUCCAUGGACCCCUUCGGUUGUCACGUUGUUCAGAAGGCUUUUGACUCUGUUCCCGAGGACUACAAAGCCAUCAUGGUUCACGAACUGCUACGUCGGAUUCCGGAGACCGUCAUCCAUCGGUACGCUUGUCAUGUUUGGCAGAAGCUCUUUGAGCUCCGAUGGUCCGAGUCUCCGCCUCAAAUCAUGAAGUAUGUCAACGAUGCUCUGCGCGGCAUGUGGCACGAGGUUGCCCUUGGAGAGACUGGAAGUCUGGUUGUUCAGAAUAUUUUCGAGAACUGUCUUGAAGAAGACAAGCGCCCCUGCAUUGAAGAGGUUCUUGCCAACAUCGACAUUGUGGCCCAUGGCCAGUUUGGAAACUGGUGCAUUCAGCACAUUUGCGAGCAUGGAGCGCCUGCUGACCGCUCUCGUGCCAUCGAUCACGUCAUCCGCUACGCCGCAGAGUACAGUACUGACCAGUAUGCCUCCAAAGUUGUCGAAAAGUGUCUCAAGAUUGGUGGUGGAGAGUUCCUUGGCCGCUACCUUGAUCGCGUGUGCGAGGGUCGUGUUGACCGCCCCCGUAUUCCACUUGUCGACAUUGCCAGCGACCAGUAUGGCAACUACCUGAUUCAGUACAUCCUCACCCACGCUGGCAUUCAGCAUCGUGAGAUCGUUGCUGCUCACAUCCGCAAGCACAUGGUAUCUCUGCGCGGAUCUAAGUUUGGCUCUCGAGUUGGCAUGCUUUGCACCAACCCCGCUGUCGCAACCCGUCCCGGUCCGGCAGUUGGACCUGGUAUGAAUCGCAUGGGAGGCAACGCUCGCUAUGCCAGCAGCAACAGCUUUCGCUAA